GGGGCCGCCGCCGCCGCAGCCGCCGCCGCCGCCGCCGCCGCAGCCGCCGCACACCUCCCGUCCAUGGCCGGGGGCCAGCAGCCGCCGCCGCAGAGUCUGCUCUACUCGCAGCCCGGGGGCUUCACGGUGAACGGCAUGCUGAGCGCGCCCCCGGGCCCGGGCGGCGGCGGCGGCGGCGCGGGCGGCGGCGCCCAGAGCCUGGUGCACCCGGGGCUGGUGCGCGGGGACACGCCCGAGCUGGCCGAGCACCACCACCACCACCACCACCACGGGCACCCGCACCCGCCGCACCCGCACCACGCGCAGGGGCCUCCGCACCACGGCGGCGGCGGCGCGGGGCCCGGGCUCAACAGUCACGACCCGCACUCGGACGAGGACACACCGACGUCGGACGACCUGGAGCAGUUCGCCAAGCAGUUCAAGCAGCGGCGCAUUAAACUCGGCUUCACGCAGGCCGACGUGGGGCUGGCUCUGGGCACGCUGUACGGCAACGUGUUCUCGCAAACCACCAUCUGCCGCUUCGAGGCCCUGCAGCUGAGCUUCAAGAACAUGUGCAAGCUCAAGCCGCUGCUGAACAAGUGGCUGGAGGAGGCGGACUCGAGCACUGGCAGCCCCACGAGCAUCGACAAGAUCGCGGCGCAGGGCCGCAAGCGCAAGAAGCGGACCUCCAUAGAGGUGAGCGUCAAGGGCGCGCUCGAGAGCCACUUCCUCAAGUGCCCCAAGCCCUCCGCGCAGGAGAUCACCAACCUGGCCGACAGCCUGCAGCUGGAGAAGGAGGUGGUGCGGGUCUGGUUCUGCAACCGGCGCCAAAAGGAGAAGCGCAUGACGCCGCCCGGGAUCCAACAGCAGACGCCCGACGACGUCUACUCGCAGGUGGGCACCGUGAGCGCCGACACGCCGCCGCCGCACCACGGACUGCAGACGAGCGUGCAGUGAAGGCAAGGGGCGCAGCGCGAAGAGGGCCGCCGCCGCCGCCGCCGCCUCCGCAGCCGCUGUCAGCAUCGCCGCCAACCCCCGCCGCCGCCGCCGCCGCCGCCGCCGCCGCCGCCGCGCCGACCCGCACCGGGGCCGCACCGGGCCCAGGCCAGUCCGCCGCCCUCCCCUCCGCCCAAAGACAAACAUGCCCGCCCUUGGAGGAAAGAGAGAGAGAGAGAGAGAGAGAGAGAGACGGACCAAGAAGACAUUUCUGAAGUCCAAGGAAGGAGGGGCAAAACACAAAACAAAAGCGUAACAAAUACCCAGACUGUUUUAUAUACGUAUAUAUAACAAACAAAACCGGAAGAGAAAAAGGAGGCGAUCAUGAGAUCUCGUUUAUACUGUGGUGGUGUUUCCUUUUUGUUUUUCUGUUUUCUUUUUAAAGAAGGGUGAAGAUGCCUAGCGCACCAAAACUGCACUCGUGAGGUUUUCCCCACCCUAGGAAGUCCUACAUGGCAACAGUGGACAGCACCUAGCACCUGCCUCGUCCUCGCCUCUUAAAAAAAAAAAAAAAAAAAAAAGCACCCCCCCCCCCCCCCCGCCCCCGCUCUCCUUUUCACCCCGCCAUCCAAAGGGCUGACUAAAGUGAUCUACCGAAACUUUCUUUCCUGGGAGCGACGUGCAAGAAAGCAGAGGCACCCUGUUUUAGUUGGCCAUGUUAAAGUCAUUUGGGGACAAAUGGACUAUGAAAUAGGAAGGAGAAAACAAAGAACAGUCUUCAGGAAAAAAAAAAAGAAAGCAAGCAAGAAAGAAAAUAUUCACAGCUUUUGAAAUUAACAGACUGAAUAGCAAAGCCAAAAGAAAAAGUCUUCUCAAAGUAACCUUGGAAAUAAAGCAUCACGAAAGAGCAGAGGGAUGGGCGAGGGAGAAGGGGACGGCUACCCAGGAGUGGGGGAGGCCAGGCUGAGUCGGGCAGGGCGGGUGGACUGGGCUAGGAGCAAGGCCCCGCCACCAGCCCCGGCUUUAACGGCGGGCACUCGGGUGGAUGAGGCCUAAAGAUUCCACCGCGAAUAUUUUUUUUAUUAAUAUUUUUAUUUUUUAUUUCUGGACUGACUCAGAUAAAGAGAUUUAGAAGGACUGAGCACCAGCCGCUGCACUCCUCUGGACUUCUCUCCUCAAUCCGUUGCCAACUUUGAUUGAAUGGGUGCUGUGGAUGUGAUUAUAUAAUACUGCCAUUUCCAAGCAGUGUUUUUGGUAGGUUUUAAUAAACAGACUUUUCAAAAGACGGCAAUAUAGAAUUGUUAGAUCCGUUGUUGAUCUAAAAAUAUUUGCUUUAUAUUUUCAUUAAAUGACUUCUUUUAAUAUUUUAUUCAGAAUACUUAUGAACUGCUGCAAAACGGUAAUUUAUUUUUCCCCAGAUCUUGUAUUACGUGUUUUUUUCAGACGAGCACAAAUCAAAAUGAAAUGAAAAUAUGGACAGUUGCUAGGUAGUAAGGGUAUCUUUUGAUGUGAUCAUUUGAUUGUAAUUUAAUUUGAGUAGUGAUUCCGUAAGAGCUGAUCGAGAAAAUAAAUUUGUUAGA